UCGGCGCCGGCGCGCUUUGGUGAUCCGUCAGGGAAGAUGGCGACCCUCGCGUUAGGUGUGCGGAUAGCCAUGCGACCCUUGCUGCCGGUGGUCCAGACACGGAACCUCGACGCGCGGCGCUGGGUCCGGGCGCUGCGACGCAGCCCGGUGAAAGUGGUGUUUCCAUCCGGGCAGGUGAUGGAACGGAAGCGCGCUCCUGGGAAACAGCCCCGCAAGGCAGCGUCUGAGGCCAGUCCUGACGAGCAGCGGCAGACACAGCCGCUUCAGGUGUCCCCAUCUAAGACGCCCUGCACUUGGGAAGAGUCAGGGCUUCGCUACGAUAAGGCAUUUUCCGGGGACAGGAGGCUCAGCAGUGUAAUGACAAUAGUUAAGUCCAGGCCAUUUCGGGAAAAGCAAGGGAAGAUUCUGCUGGAAGGUCGCAGGCUCAUUGCAGACGCUCUCAAGGCUGGAGCUGUGCCAAAGAUUUUCUUCUUUAGCCGUCUGGAAUAUAUAAAGGAGCUGCCAGUCGAUAAGCUGAAAGGUGUCAGCCUCAUUAAGGUGAAAUUUGAGGAUAUCAAGGAUUGGUCCGACCUAGUAACGCCACAAGGAAUAAUAGGGAUUUUUGCCAAACCUGACCAUGUGAAGAUGACAUACCCAAAGGCUCAGCUUCACCAUUCACUGCCCUUAUUGUUGAUUUGUGACAAUAUCCGUGACCCUGGGAACCUGGGGACAAUUCUGAGAUCUGCUGCUGGGGCAGGCUGCAGCAAAGUGUUGCUCACCAAAGGCUGUGUAGAUGCCUGGGAGCCCAAAGUGCUACGGGCAGGUAUGGGUGCGCAUUUCCAGGUGCCCAUUAUCAAUAAUCUGGAAUGGGAAACAGUACCCAAUUACUUGCCCCCAGCCUCCCGGGUCUUUGUGGCUGACAACUGUGGCCUCUAUGCCCAGGCCCUAAUGUCUAAUAAAGCCAGUGACCAUGGCUGGGUGUGUGAUCGGCGAUUCCUGAAGUUUCGCAAGUAUGAAGAAGAGGAGGAAGAUCUAGAAACUGGAGCCAGGAAAAACUGGCUUCCUGAGAUUGAGGUUCAGAAUUAUGACUUGGACUGGACGGAGGCACCUGCAGCUGUGGUCGUUGGUGGGGAGACCCAUGGCGUGAGCCUGGAGUCCCUGCAGUUGGCAGAGAGCACUGGGGGCAAGAGGCUGCUGAUCCCUGUCGUGCCUGGUGUGGACAGCCUCAACUCUGCCAUGGCUGCCAGCAUCCUGCUUUUUGAAGGGAAAAGACAACUGCGAAUAAAGGCGGAACACUUGAGCAGGGACAGGAGUUACCACUGAGAGGGGACAUGGGAGUUCUUGAUUUGAGGAUGUCUCCAGCUCCUCCUGCCCCGGCACGUUGUUAGGAGGGUGGCAGAUUCGGUGACUGUGGCUUCUCAGGCCCAUAUUCAGGAGGUAGGUGUAAAUGCCAUCGUGUGCUUAUAGGAAAAAGAAGAAUUUUCAUGAAGUUCUGUUACUCCUCAGAAAUAACAAAGAUCAAACUUCUUCCUCAAUCUCCCUUUUCUUUGCUGAUCUUGAAGUUGUGUGUGACAACACAAAUUGAUGAUCCACAUGACUCUAUAUGUGUUUUUAAAAAUUGUCAGCUAAGAAGCACUUCUGUGCCCAGAAAGUUCCUGUGAAGGCAUCAUCUUGGAUCGAGGGUAGUUUUGCAGUCGUGGAACACUGGUUACGGGUCAUGGCCGUCACAUCUGAUUAUUGGAAAGUAAGUUCCUAUGAAGUGUAGAACAAGUAGGUGACAUUAAAAAGUGGUGUUGAAGUGUG